AAGUCCAAAAAAGUGUCAUUCCAGAGAGAGGCGAACUUGAUUGAGGGGGUGCAGCUUGACGGGAGAGGAAACAGGAGGUAGAGAUGUUGAAGGCGUUUUGCAUUGCCAGUAAACGUGGAGAGAUUCUUUUCUCAACCAUUUUUGCUCCAACUUUGACCAAGGCUGUCUUCCAUCCUUUCCUGUCUGAGCUGUCGUCAUCUCCUCAUGGGGAUCCACCUCCUGCCUUUACAAAAGAAGGACAAGACUAUGUGUAUGUGUUCCGGGAUGACCUGUACUGGGUGGGCGUGGUGAGUUCUGGGAGCCUGACACACCAGUGUGGACAGCUCCUGAUCACAGAAAGUCUAGGUCAGCUGCACCGGGUCUGCUCUGGAUUGUGUGGCAUCCUGACUCAGCACAGCAUAACAGCCAAUGCAACGCUUAUUGGUGAAAUUGUGCAGGAAAGCAUGAAUGGAGGCUUCCUGCAGCUACAGACACCAGAUAAGCUACAAUCCCACAUAUACAGCAGAGUUGUAGCAGCCAAGGAGAGUUCAGCUGUCAUCUCUACCCCUGGGCUUUUUGGGCUGGAGAAAUCUGCACCUGGCACAGCUGCUCAACAGUCUUCACUUAUUGUUGACACAGGGAAACGGGAGCUGUAUGUAGAUGUGGUAGAAAAGGUGUGGGCAUCAGUAUCUGCUGAAGGCACAGUCAUCAGGGCAGAGGUCACGGGUUCCAUCCAGGUGCGGUGCUUCCUUCCUGGCAACCCAACCCUGGCCCUGUCCCUCAACACUUCACUCUCCACACUCCCACAAGAAGGGUUUUCCACAGGAACGAGAAUGUCUGAGGUAGAGUUUGGCUCAGGUAUAAAUGUUGGUGAUGGUGGUCGCAAGGUGAGUGUGAUGACAGUACCUGGCCAGGAAAUGACCAUUGCCCGCUACACUCUAGCCCCUGACCAUCCCCACCUUCUACCUUUCACUCUCACUGGCUCCACUGCAGCUCUCACUCCAAGUGAUGCAGAGCUCAAGCUCAAGUUAGUGAGCAACACAGGAAUGGGAACUGUGUCCCCUCACGUGACUUUCCACGUGUCUGCCCCGCCCACCACUGCAGCCAUCAUGUCAAGGACAUCUGGUCCCCGUGACCAGACUGUCACCUUUUCUCCAGAUAACAAGACCAUUACCUGGACCAUUUCUCAGUUUCCUGGAGGAAGUUAUGCUCAGGCAUAUAUUCGACUGGUGGACUCUGGAGGGAAUGCAUCAGUUGAGUCUGGAGAACUGGACUUUGAGGUGUCCAGGUGGGUGUGUUCUGGGGUGAGAGUGGAAAAUGUCAAGCUGAGUCCCCAUACAGAAGGGCUCAACAAGUGGGUACGUUACCUCACCACCUCGGACAGUGUAAGUGUUCGUCUAACAUGAGGGGUGUGUGUUUGUGUGUGUGUGUGUGUGUGUGUGUGUGUGUGUGUGUGUGUGUGUGUGUGUGUGUGUGUGUGUGUGUGUGUGUUUACAUGUGUAUUAAUGCAUGUGUGCAUAAUUCUGUGUGUUUGUAUAAUGUUUUUACAUUAAUGUUUUUAAUAUUUGUGUGUUGUGCAAUGUACCAGUGAUUUCUGUGAUAAUUUUGUUAUGUUUGGAAACAGACCCUGAGUGUAAGCAAGGGAAAUAUUGUUUCUACCCUAUUGUAAAUAAAAGUUUGACAACAGUGCAAA